AUGGGCAAUUCAAACAUGUGCGAUUCCUGCCUGGAGCACUUUACGUUUGCACGACCAGAUGUGAUAGAAGUUAUCAAGGAGCUGAAGAAGGAAAGUGUGGAACUUGCUGUGGAAGCUGGAUACGGCGACGAUGAUCUAAAAAGUCUACAAAAAGACCUACAAGACUAUGAAACGGAUACCGCUUCGCUCCCCGCCGGAUCCUACGCACCGUAUCCAUGGGCUUCUGGUCUGAACGUGCCCGAACUUCAGAUGUAUCCGCAGAUAUGGGACGACGAGCAUUCGCGCUCUUUGGCACAAUUACGCGAAUCCGUCAAGUCUUCAGGUUGUCACCUUUGCCGCUCCUUGUGCAAAAUGAUAGAAUACGCUGCGCGGAAUGAUGUCCCUGAGUCGGCAAAAAUCACGACCGCUUUAUCUUGUGACAGCGCGGGUACAGAAAGUCUUCGUCUACAGUUCGCUGUUCACAUAGAUGAAUCCUGUCAUGAUGGCAAUGAUGUCGUGAUGGGCAACUUUGAAUGCAAGAGAAUAGGCUUCUUCAACUCCAAUCUGAGUAUACAGGGUGAGGGACCUUUUGACUCUUUGCCGAGCACGGAAACCUCUGUUGAAUUCUUGUCUCGUAACCUUGGCUCAUGCAUUAAGAAUCAUCCUGAGUGCUCUUCCAGACAAACAACUGGCUGGGUACCAACGCGGCUCUUAGAAGUUCGGUCGGCCGAUAGUGACAACGACCGCGUUUUCCUCGUUGAGGGAGACAGCAUCCAAGCCCCGAGGGAUAUGAAACCACAAUACCUUACCCUAAGUCAUGUUUGGGGGUCAUCGAAGCCAUUAUGCCUUACCCGAGAGAAUUACACCUCACUAAAAAGCGGGAUCAAGACCCACGAACUGCCCCAAUGUUACAGAGAUGCAGUUUUUCUUGCGCGGAAGCUAGGCAUCUCUCACAUUUGGAUUGACUCCUUAUGUAUCAUCCAAGACUCUUCUGAGGACUGGGAGCGUGAGGCGAUGACCAUGAACAAAGUCUAUACUAACGGCAUAUGCAAUAUCGCGGCAUGCGAUGGCAAUGACUCUUCAGAUAGUCUCUUUUCGGAUCCUGGCUCUAUGCCACAUCACAAAAUAUCGUUCAAAACACAGUAUACCAAUGGCGUUGUUGAAUUCGAAGUCGUUCCAAUUUGGAUGGACUUCAUGCGCAAGUAUUCUCCAUUGUAUAGACGGGCAUGGUAUGUGCAGGAGAGGUUUCUCAGCACGCGUAUAAUGCACCUCACGAAAAUUCCUAUUUGGGAGUGCCGAAAGAACGUCGUUACAGAAGGGUGUAACGAGCCAGCUGCACAGCCUCUGAUGAAAUCAUCAGCGUCUGAAAGAGAGUUGAUGUGGCCUGAUGAGCAAGACUUGGGUUCUAACUUAGCUCGUUGGAGAAAGAUUGUUACGGUUUACUGCCAGAGCGAACUUACUCUCCCGAAGGAUAAACUAGUGGCAAUAGGUGGGUUAGCGAAGGCAUUCUCCAGCCUACUCAAAGAGGAAUACUGUGCGGGUAUAUGGGGUGGUGAGCUGCUUGAUCAUUGCCUCCUUUGGAGAACCUUCCACCCGUCUACGCCCUCUACAGAGUACAUAGACAACACCUUCAUGGGACCUACGGUUCAAUCACCUGGUGUGGUUUCAAAGGUCUUCAUCCGUGACGCAUCAUUUCAGGCUGUGCCAAAGAGCAACGAUGUUUUUGGUCAGCUAAUAUCGGCGGAACUAAAGUUGACAGGGAAACCUCUUGAAAUCCCAGAUUUCACCGCCUGGCGCCACCGGACUAGGUACAAAAUACAGUCUACUUUCGAUCGCGAACCUCCCGUUGAGUCAGAUAAACAAGUCUACUUCCUACCACUUGCAAAGCUCUCUCAUAUCUACAGUGAAAGGAAAAAGACUGCGUCCAUUGAGGGUGUGUUCAUCCAAGUGGCCUCUCAACGCCCUGAGAAAGGUUCAACCGCCUUUAAGCGUGUCGGCUUUGGUGAAACAAGAGGAGGUGGAGACGACAACACGAAUGAACAUCCUCGAUAUGAUGAAAUUUGGGAUUACGUAUUUGGUACACCCCUUUCGGAAUUGGAGAAGAAUUUAGAAACCAUUAUCCUUGUAUAG